AAGCGACGGGAGCCCGCACAGGAGGAGGCCGCCGUGCCAUCGGCCGGACGAUGGUACCGGUCCAGGGAAGACCGGAAGUGGGGCUCCCAGCCGCGGCGUUCCUCUCCACCAAUGGCUGCGAGAUGCGCCCUAUGACGGUGGCCGGCGCGGCACCACUAAGGUACCUUGCUGAAGCUCGCGGAUUUGGGUGCUGUGGGCCUGCGGCGCUCUCGUCCCUCCGCGGCCGCCCGCCCGCCAGCCCUCAGCGAUGGAGGGCGCCGGCCAGGACGCCCCCGAGUCCACCUCUUCUCCCUGCGAAUCCGUAGACCCUCCCGGUGCGGCCGGGGAGCCCGACGUGGGGCCUCCCGACGAGUCGGAAGGUGGUUGUGCCCGACCCCUGGAAGCGGUCCCCAAGAAACUGUGUGGCUAUUUAAGCAAGUUCGGCGGCAAGGGGCCCAUCCGCGGCUGGAAAAGCCGCUGGUUCUUCUACGACGAGAGGAAGUGCCACUUGUAUUACUCGCGGACCGCGCAGGAUGCUAACCCCCUGGACAGCAUCGACCUCGCCAGUGCCGUCUUUGACUGCAAGGCUGACGCCGACGAGGAGGGCACCUUCGAGAUCAAGACUCCCGGCCGGGUCAUUCUCCUGAAGGCUGCCACCAAGCAAGUGAUGCUGUACUGGCUGCAGCAGCUGCAGAUGAAGCGCUGGGAAUUCCACAACAGCCCACCUGCACCUCCUGCUGCCCUGUCUGGGAAUGGGCCUGCCCUGCACCUGGAGCUAGGGCAAGAGGAGGCAGAGCUGGAGUUCCUGUCUCCUGUGAAAACACCCACUGGGCUUGUGGGCGAGGCAGCUGCCCUGCAGCCCAUCCCUACCAUGCCCUCAGCCCUUCAGAACAUCUCCAUCAAGCACCUGGGAACUGAAAUACAAAACACCAUGCACAACAUCUGUGGCCACAAGCAGACCCAGGGAACAGGCCAUGGGCCACAAGUGGAGGAGUCUUUACAGAGUGGGGAGCCUCAGAGGGAGGAACAGUCCUCCAUCCCUGAGCCCAGUGUCUCAGGGAAAGAGCCAGUGGAAUCUCCAAAGUCUGCUCCCACGUUCUUUCUGUCCACCAAUCUCAUACAGAAAACUAAGCGCCACAGCAACACCUUCCCAUUCUUUUCUGAUGGGCUGGCACGGAGCCGAACGGCCCAGGAGAAGGUGGUGGCAUUGGAGCAGCAGGUGCAGGUGCUCACCAAGGAGCUAAAGUCCCAGAAGGAGCUGGUGAAGAUCCUGCACAAGGCGCUAGAGGCUGCCCAGCAGGAGAAGCGGGCAUCCAGCGCGUACCUGGCAGCAGCCAAGGACAAGGACCGGCUGGAGCUGGUGCGGCACAAAGUGCGCCAGAUCGCAGAGCUGAGUCAGCGGGUGGAGGCCCUGGAGCAGGAGCGGGAGCGCCUGCUGCACGAGGCCGGCCUGCGGGAGCAGCAGGUGCAGGCUCUGCAGCAGCACGCACAGCUGCUCAUGGACAAGAACCAGGCUAAGCAGCAGGUCAUCUGCAAGCUGUCGGAGAAGCUCACCCAGGACUUGACCCAGCCCCCUGACCCUGCCGAUGGUGACUUCCUGAGCCAGCAGGAGAAGAUGGAGCACCUGAAGGAUGACAUGGAAGCAUACCGGACCCAGAACCGCUUCCUCAACUCUGAGAUCUACCAAGUGACCAAGAUCUGGAGGAAAGUGGCCGAGAAGGAGAAGGCCCUGCUGACGAAGUGUGCCUACCUGCAAGCCAGGAACUGCCAGGUGGAAAGCAAGUACCUGGCUGGGCUGCGGAAGCUUCAGGAGACCGCAGGACCCAAGGCCGGUGAGGUCUCAGAGCUGCUGCAACAGCUCAUCCAGGAGGCGCUACAGUGGGAAGCGGGUGAGGCCUCGGACAGCAUGGAGCUAAGUCCUGUCAGCGAGUAUGACGACUACGGCUUCCUGACGGUGCCAGACUAUGAAGUGGAGGACCUGAAGCUGCUGGCCAAGAUCCAGGCACUAGAGGUGCGCUCCCACCACCUGCUGGCCCUGGAGGCUGUGGAGCGACCGCUGCAGGAGCGCUGGGCUGCCCUGGGCGAGCUCGUGCCCUCAGCUGAGCUCAAGCAGCUCCUGAGGGCAGGUGUGCCCCGCGAGCACCGGCCACGCGUGUGGAGGUGGUUAGUCCACCGCCGGGUCCAGCACCUCCACGCUCCAGGCUGCUACCAGGAGCUGCUGACCCGGGGCCAGGCCUGCGAGCACCCCGCCGCCCGCCAGAUUGAGCUGGACCUGAAUCGGACCUUCCCCACCAACAAGCACUUCACCUGUCCUACCUCCAACUUCCCUGACAAGCUCCGCCACGUGCUGCUGGCCUUCUCCUGGCAGAACCCCACCAUCGGCUACUGCCAGGGCCUGAACAGGCUGGCAGCCAUAGCCCUGCUGGUCUUGGAGGAUGAGGAGAGUGCCUUCUGGUGCCUGGUAGCCAUUGUGGAGACCAUCCUGCCAGCCGACUACUAUAGCAAGACAUUGAUUGCGUCUCAGGUAGACCAGCGGGUGCUCCGAGACCUGCUCUCGGAAAAGCUGCCUCGACUGAUGGCGCACCUGGGCCAGCACCACGUGGACCUCUCUCUCAUCACCUUCAACUGGUUCCUCGUGGUCUUCGCUGACUGUCUCAUCAGCGACAUCCUCCUGCGGGUCUGGGAUGCCUUCCUGUAUGAGGGGACCAAGGUGGUGUUCCGCUAUGCUCUGGCCAUCUUCAAGUACAAUGAGGAAGAGAUCCUGCGGCUGCAGGACAGCCUGGAGAUCUACCAAUACCUGCGCUUCUUCUCCAAGACCAUUUGUGACAGUCGGAAGCUGAUGAGCAUGGCCUUCAACGACAUGAACCCCUUUCCCAUGAAGCAGCUGCGGCAGCUCCGGGCAGCCCACCGGGAGCAGCUGGAGGCCGAGCUACGGGAACUGGAGAGGCUGAAGGCCGCGUACUUGGAGCAGCAGGCAUCCAGGAGCAGAGCGGUGCCCGAAGGCUGUGCCAGUGAGGACGAGGGGGAGGGGGACAGCUGACCUGACACGUCUUCCCAGAGGCUUCUCUACUCUUGCUGGCAAGCCCAAGAGGUAGAGCAUGGGCCAGCAGUCCAGCCCCCGAGCCCCACUCUGUGUGACCCUGGACAAGGCCCUGGCUCUGCCUAGGUCUGUCUCCCAUCUAAACACUGUAAAGCUGCUAGUUGGCUUCUCUCUUCAGGUCACUCGCCUAGGAAUGUCAGCCUGUCACAUGGCUCCCACAGAGCACUUUAGAAUGCAGGCAGCCAGGAGUGCGUUCUUUCUAGGGUCAUUUGGAACAUUCUCUGAGACAUAUAUGUUUUGUGGAAAUUUGGUAUUUUUGAGACAGGGUCAUGGAGCCUCCUGUUUGAGUAUAAAGAAUGUCACUGUGACAAACAGCUGCUCAACUAUAGGACAUAAGUUCCCUAUUAUCAGUGUUCCUAAGAGUUACUCGCUGGCCCUUUGGCUCCGAGCCUCAGCCACUUGUCCCUGUGGUGCCCUGGAUGCAGGGCCUGUGUUUUCUGGGUGUCUGUUUCUCUAGGCAGCAGUCCCUCAGAAGUGCCAACUGGGCCCAUUGUUGUAAGCCACUCCAUACAUGGGGUGGGGGCACACUCUGAAAUCCCUCAGGCACUUGAGGCUCCUGCCCAGGGCUGGGGCCACACCUGUUCCAGUACAAGCCCAGGCAGACACCGCCCCCCCUGUUCCCCCCCCCAUGAAUCAUGAUAUGAACUCAAGGGCUUGGCACACUGGGCUCUUGAUUGCCCCUCACUAAGCACCUUGAGAGGCUCUCAGAGCCCAUCCCCGGUUGGCCUGGGGUCCCAGUGGGCAAGCACCUUGUACCAGGGCUUGCCUGCACACCUGUGCUGAGGCUCUAUUACUAAAAAUGGUUUCCAUGACAGGGGAGAGAGUAGGAAGGCGGUCUAGGCGUAGUCACCCUAAGGUCAGUCUUCCAUGGAGCACACAGGAGGGUGAAAGGUGAUGUCUGCCUGGAAAUCCAAAGACAAUUCAAGGCAGUGAGGGGCCCUCCUCUGAAGGAAAUGACCAGGAAGCCUGAGGCCAGCCCAGGGCCUAGCACUAGCCUGAACUUCACAUUCCUGCUUCACCAGAAAUCACCCCAAAACCAUGUGGUGGAGCAUAGUGGCUGCUGGAUAAAGAGUACCCUCUGGCCUUCCUCCUCCCUGCAAAGGAGGGCUCUGCCCCCCACCCCAGACCAGGGCUGCUCUGCCACCUCUGCACCUUACAAUUCUGAGUAGCUUUUGUUCAAAUAGUGGUGCUGGGCCACGUAUGCAGAGGUUGUGGACCCUUGAUAUUGCGAUGCACUGGGGGACUUGAGAGCUCUGAGCUGAGCUGAGCUGCCUCCUCCUCUCUGAACCAGGAGCCUGAAUGAAAAAUGCCUGUCCUGCAAGCACCCACUCACCCAGCUCAAGGACAGAUGGAGAGGGCUGGCCUGGCCUGUGGGUGCAUGCACAGGGAAGGAGAGUGGGAACCUUGGGGGCACACACCUCUAAUCCCAGCACAGACAAAUCCCCCUAUAGCCAAACGAGGUCUCAAAACAAAUAAUAAUAAUAAAGAAAAAGAAUGUGUAA